AUUAGAAUUGAGAUUUGUUAUGCAUCGUUAAACAUAAGCUUGCAUUCAAAAGAAUUAGAAUUAAAUGAAAUAGCGACAACGUUGAUUAAUGACUACGGUACAGUUUAUAAACCAAUAAAACAUUCCCAUGACAAUCAAACGGAUAUCUUGACACUCAAUUUCAAAGAUGCAUUGUCACCCGCCUUUUACACUCUUAACAUGAAAUUUGCCGGUAUUAUACGAGACAAUAAUUAUUUCGAAAGUGGUUUUAUGAUAUUUUGGUAUACAACAGAAAAUGUGAUGGUUGCAACGUAUUCGGAGCCGAAAGGAGCUAGACAAAUAUUUCCGUGUUGGGACGAACCCGCGAUAAAAGCCAUCUUUAAUAUUUCUGUAAUGCAUCAUGUGGAAUAUCUGGCAUUAUCAAAUAUGCCUCCAGUACACAAGAAAUAUUUAAACAAAAGUAUGAUAUGUACGUACUUCAACAUUACUCCAAUAAUGUCUACUUACCUUGUAGAGAUUAUCAUAUUCCCCAUAACUGAUUUUCACCAUCUUUCCAACGAGAAAGAAACCAUCAAUGUGUGGUGCAGAUCGUCUUUGUUAUCGCAAAUAACAUUUGCGUUUAAUAUUACUGAAAUGGUCACGCCAUUCUUGAUCCAAUACACAAAUAGUUCUGAAAAGAUACCAAAAAUGGAUCAUUUCAUCAUACCAAAUUUUCCGAUUGAUGGCAUGGAACACUGGGGGCUCAUCACUUACAAUGAAUCAUCAGUUAUUUACGAUGCUAGCAAAUAUCCAACAUAUAAAAAAGCGCAAAUAGCAGCGAUAGUAACACAUGAAAUUGUACAUCAAUGGUUUGGUAAUUUGGUCACACCGUCUUGGUGGUCUUACUAUUGGUUAAAAGAGGGACUUGCAUCGUUCUUUUACACGUACAUCAUCGAUAAGAUUUUUUAUGAUUGGCGGAUAAUAGAUUAUUUUGUAGUUGACAAAUUACGCUACGGCUUGAUGAUAGAUAAAGGCGUAUUGGGUCCUGUCACAUUGAAACUUAAUAAUACCUUUGAAAGACUGGACCUGCAAUCUUUUGUAGUUUAUCAUAAGGCAUCAGUUAUAUUGCGCAUGUUACAACAUACUAUUACUGAUGAGGUAUUUCGGAAGGGUCUUAUCAUAUAUUUAGCCACGCAUGAAUAUGGAUCAACUACUCCGGAUGAUUUGUGGAACGCCAUGCAAACUGCUUUAGACGAAUCUGAUGUCCCACACGAACAUUAUAGAAUAAAGGAAGUAAUGGAUACAUGGAUGAAUCAAAAGAGUUAUAUAUCGUUACAUAUUCGAAACAUGUUUCACAUAAUCAUAUAUCUUGCAAAAAUUGUAAUAAUCUCAAAAAUUUCUGGCGCAAAGAUCCUCAAAUUUAUUUUUACUGAAUUGAUUUUUAUAACUAUGAUAGCACUCCUUAACUAUCUUCUUCGAAACAUAGGAUUCUUAGACAGUGUUGAUGAUGAUCAUAUUACAACUCAAAUAAGACGAAAAACCAUAAAAUGGGCAUGUAUCAUCGGUGAUGAGUAUUGCAAGAAUAUGAUCGCUUUUAAAUUGGAUCAACAUCUCGCAGAUUCAGAACUUUACAGAAUGCAACAAGGAUAUAAUUUUAUGUAUUGUGUUGGUUUGAUGGCAGCCAAUAGAACUACUUGGGAUAAAAUGUUGGAUGUAUAUCAAAAGAUAGAUUCAAAAAAGGAAAAAUUUAAAAAAACAUUACUGAAAAGUUUGAGUUGCUCAGAAAAUUCUGAUAUUAUCAUUAAUUAUUUAAAUAUUACAGUAUUUAAUACUUCAUUAUUUCAUGAAAAGGAACGUUCUUUUAUCAUCAAGUCUGUUCUUGAUAAGCAUUCGAACAACAAUUUGAUCCUUGAUUAUAUAUUGAAUAAUUUUGACACUAUAAAGUCCAAAACACUUACUACAACUCUAAUAAUAAAACUUAUUCUUCGGAAAGUCUUCUACGAUGAACAAAUUGACAAGUUAAAGGCAAUUAAAACAGAGAUCAAUAUGGGAUUUCUAAAAUUAUUAUUAAAUCUCAGUCUACAUAUAAUAUUGAUCACAAACAGCAUUUUUUGUGCCAACAAUGACUUAGAAAUUAUUCGUUUACCCAACAAUACAGUACCAUCAGUCUAUAACAUUUCUCUGAUAUUGAAUCUAGAAGAAGACUUGUUUACUUUUCACGGUGAAUCCAAUAUUAGAAUUGAGAUUCGUUAUGCAUCGUUAAAUAAUAUAAGCUUGCAUUCAAAAGAAUUAGAAUUAAAUGAAAUAGCGACAACGUUGAUUAAUAACAAUGGUACAGUUUAUAAACCAAUAAAACAUUUCCAUGACAAUCAAACGGAUAUCUUGACACUCAAUUUCAAAAAUGUAUUGUCACCCGGCUUUUACACUCUUAACAUGAAAUUUGCCGGUAUUAUCCGAGACAAUAAUUUUUUCGAAAGUGGUUUUAUGAUAUUUUGGUAUACAAAUAAAAGAACAAAAGAUAUGAUGGUUGCAACAUAUUCGGAGCCGAAAGGAGCUAGACGAAUAUUUCCGUGUUGGGACGAACCCGCGAUAAAAGCCAUCUUUAAUAUUUCUGUAAUGCAUCAUGUGGAAUAUCUGGCAUUAUCAAAUAUGCCUCUAGUACAAAGAAAAUUUUUUGAAAAUGAUACGAUCUGUUCGUACUUCGACAUUUCUCCAAUAAUGUCCACUUAUCUUGUAGAGAUUAUCGUAUUCCCCAUGAUUGAUUUUCACCAUCUUUCCAAUGAGAAGGAAACUAUCAAUGUGUGGUGCAGAUCAUCUUUGGUAUCGCAAAUAACAUUUGUGUUUAAUAUUACUGAAAUGAUCACGCCAUUCUUGAUCCAAUACACCAAUAGUUCCGAAAAGAUACCGAAAAUGGAUCACUUUAUCAUACCAAAUUUUCCGGUUAGUGGCAUGGAACACUGGGGACUCAUCACUUACAAUGAAUCAUCAGUUAUCUACGAUGCUAACAAACAUCCAACAUAUAGGAAAGCAGAAUUAGCAGCGAUAGUAGCACAUAAAAUUGCACUUCAAUGGUUUGGUAAUUUGGUCACACCGUCUUGGUGGUCUUAUCAUUGGUUAAAAAAGGGACUUGCUUCGUUCUUUCAUACGUACAUUAUUGACAAGAUUUUUGAUGAUUGGCGGACAAUAGAUUUUUUUGUAGUUGACAAAUUACACUACAGCUUGAUGGUAGAUAAAGGUAUCUUGAGUCCUGUCACAUUGAAACUUAAAAGUAAUUUUGAACGACUGGAUCUGCAUUCUUUUGUAGUUUAUCAUAAAGGAUACUAUCGUGUAAAUUAUGAUAUCAAAAAUUGGGAAAAAAUUUCAAAUUACUUACAUUCUGAAGAAUUCACGAAUAUACACGUUCUUAAUCGUGCUCAAAUUAUUGAUGAUCUUUAUGGCUUUGUGGAUGGAAGAAUAAGUGGAUUUUUCUUCAUGGAUCUUAUAAAAUAUUUACUGCGAGAAGUCGAUUAUGUGGCAUGGUAUCCAUUUCUGUUUCGAGUUAUACCAUUGAUAAAGAAUUAUAUUUUCCUGCCAGAGGCCACAUAUGUCAAGAUAACCAUAAUGACACUCCUUAGCUAUCUUCUUCGAAAUAUAGGAUACUUAGAAAAUACUGAUGAUGAUCAUAUUACAAAACAGAUAAGACUAGAAGCCAUAAAAUGGGCAUGUACCAUCGAUGACAAAUUAUGUAAGAAUAUAAUCGCUUUUAAAUUGAACCAACAUCUCGCGGAUCCAGAACUUUACAGAAUACUACCAGGACAUAAUUUUAUGUAUUGUAUUGGUUUGAUGGCAGCCAAUCGAACUACUUGGGAUAAAAUGUUAGAAUUAUAUCAAAAUACAGAUUCAAAAAAGGAAAAAUUUAAAAAAACGUUGUUGACAAGUUUGAGUUGCUCCGAAAAUUCUGAUAUUAUUAUCAACUAUUUAAAUAUUACAGCAUUUAACACUUCAUUAUUUCAUGAAAAGGAACGUUCUUUUAUCAUCAAGUCUAUUCUUGAUAAGCAUUCGAACAACAAUUUGAUCCUUGAUUAUAUAUUAAACAAUUUUGAAACUGUAAAACCCAAAUCCCUUACUACAACUUUAAUAAUAAAACUUAUUCUUCGGAAAGUCUUCUACGAUGAUCAAAUCGAUAAGAUAAAAGUAUUCUCGGAUGCUAAUUUUGAUCAUGAUCCAGAAACUCGGAAUGCAAUUAAAACACUGAUACAAAAGCGUGAAAAUUUACUUAAGGAAAGCCUAGAGACUUUUAAAAAACGCUUCUUUUAG